AUGAGUGAUUCUGUCGAAGAUAACGUCACCAGAAUUGUGGUUGAACCCAUAAGCGAAAAAGUUGAUAAAGACACUUUAGAACAAUUGUUUGUUCAAAGUGGUCCAAUCACCGAGAUCCUGAUUUACGGUGAUGUUGCUUAUAUCACAUUUGAAUCAAGUGAUGAUGCUAAGAGAGCCAGUGAAACACUUUCUGGUUACGAUUUAGAAGGUGAACAAAUUAAUGUAAGAUUGAGCCCUGUUGCUUCAGAAGACGCUGGUAACAAUGCUUCUGCUGGUAGUGAUGAUGGUUCUAACCCACCUCCUCCACCACCAGAAGUUACUGACACCAGAGGUCAAUUCCGUAUUAAGGUUACUAACUUACCUGAUGGAACUGCUUGGCAAGAUUUUAAGGACUUUGUUAGAGAAAGAACUCUGCUUACUCCUUCAUUUGCUAAGGUUUUCCGUAAUUAUGAUACUAAUGAAGUUGUUGGUAAUCUUGAAUUUUCUAGUGAAGACGAAUUAACCACUGCUUUACCACUUAUUAAUGAUUCAGAGUUCCAAGGUAAUGUAUUGGAAGCUAUUCAUGAUACUACUCCUUUCAUUCCUCCUCCACCAAGAAGAGGUGGUUUCAGAGGUGGUCGUGGUGGCUACAGAGACGGUGGUUUCAGAGGGGGUUUCAGAGGUGGCCGUGGUGGUUACAGAGAUGAUGGUGGAUUCCGUGGUGGUCGUGGUGGUUUCAGAGGCGGCCGUGGUGGCUACAGAGAUGAUGGUGGAUACCGUGGUGGUCGUGGUGGUUUCAGAGGUGGCCGUGGUGGCUAUAGAGAUGAUGGUGGAUACCGUGGUGGCCGUGGUGGUCGUGGAGGCUACAGAGAUUCUUACCGUGGAAGAGAUGAAGGAAACUAUGACAGAGAAUCUUACACUAGAGAUAGAUCUCCUACUAGAUACUAA